GACACAUGAGUCCGUAAUUUCCUUCCUUUCACAGAGACAACAUUUGAGAAGAAAGAAUGAUUUUUAGGAUUUGCAUUUUGUUUUACUGUUUUACUCUUUUGUAAGGAGGAGACUUGAAGAAAAAAUGGGGUUCUUCUUCUUCACAUGAAUGCUGUGUUGUCUGUCUUUAUUAUUUCUUUUUGUUUUCUUUUUCUUUUCUCAGUUCAGAAAAGAUGUUGAAAAUCUCAAGUUACUGAAACCUUAAAUUAAUCCAUCACCACCGCCAUUUUCAGUUGUUCACACACAAAAGCGGUGUUCUUGCCUUCGAUUUGAGUUGGUCCCGUUUCUGAGAGAAAAAGGAAAGAAAAUAGGGUUUUUUUUUGUUUAUGUAAUAAAUGCCAAUGGAGAUGGAGAAAAGACGAUUCAAGGGUAGAAGCUUCCUCAGCUUCUUUGAUUGGAAUAGCAAAUCUCAGAAGAAGCUUCUUUUUGACAAACCUAACAACUUACCCGAAGUUUCAAAUCAAGGAAAGGAAAAUGUGGGCAACAUGCCACAGGCACAGAUGAAUAAGAUAAAGGUUGGGGAUAAUGGAGCAAGUCCUGGUAAUGUUGCUGCAAGCUGUGAUUUUAAUUGUGCCCUAUCAAUUAGUAGCGAUGAAGGAUGUGAGACUAAAGCCCCAGGGUUAGUAGCUAGACUCAUGGGUUUGGAUUCAUUACCAGCUUCAACAGUCCCUGAGCUCUCCUCGACUUCAUUGUACGGAUCCAACUCUCUUGGAUCUUCUCAUUGUCAAGAUGGUUCUCUACGUUGCAUGGCUGACUCUUGUCCUGUGGACUGCACUAUGCCACUUAAGCUGGAGAAGUCUUCUUCAGGGGAUAUGAAACCAAAGUCUCAGAAAGUUGGAAAUCUGCCGGCACUAAGGAGAUUUCAGAAUGAAACAUUGCCUCCAAAGUCAGCUAAACCAAUUCCAGUUACUCACAACAAACUUUUGUCUCCUAUCAAGAACCCUGGCUAUGUUCAACCUAGGAAUGUGGCUCAGAUAAUGGACGCGGCUACUAAGAUAAUUGAGGCAAGUCCCCUGCAAUAUGCAAGGAAUGGAAUGUCUUCAGUUGGGCCUUCUUCUGUUCCCUUAAGAAUUCUUGAUCUGAAAGAGCAAUUGGAAGGUGCACAGUAUGAAUCCAAGCUUGUCAAUCGGCACAUUGCUAACCAUGUGAAUGGUAAGCCUAAUGAGAGGAGUAAUUUGUAUAAAGGCACUCUAACAUUCAAACGUUUAGGGGAUUCAGAAAAGAACAGUUCUAGUUAUUUAGGAAAUAAAGGAAAAUCUGCUUCAGUUGUGAUACCAUCCAAAGCCGAUGUUCAGAACAGAGAUACAUCAGCUUUGAAAGGUAAGAAGGGACAUAUGAACUCGAAAGAAGAUAGUAACAUAAAACCAAACCAAUCAUCCCGGAGCCAGAAGAAGCAAUUUACAGACCCGACCCGAGCCAUUCCGCAGAGAGCUUUCACAGGCCAAAAUAGCAAUGUGCUUGGGCAGAAUAACAUAAACCAUAAAGGCAAAUUGACUUCAAAAAGGGAGUCCAAUAAGCCAACAACACGAACUUGGUCUUCAGAAAGCUCUACUGCAGCACGGAAGGCAGCAAAUAAGGGUGCUGCUGUAAAUGGCAAUACUGAGCCCAAUAGGUCAAGUACAAGGGUAAUUGAUUCUCGAAAGGAGUCUACAGUGUCAAAAAGACAGAGUAUUUCUGAAAAGAAAAAGUAUAUUAGUAGGGCUGUUCACAAUGAUACAAGAGGUACUGAGAAUGUAGUUGAUAAUUUUGAGAACAAGUCCAUAAAAUGCAAUAUUACAACUGAUAGAAGUACCAACCAGAAUGCAGUUAGCAUGAGUGAAAGCAAAGAUGUGAUAUCGUUUACAUUUACGUCUCCCUUGGGGAGAACCAUGCCUGAGUCACAGCCCUCGACUGCACAGGUGACAGAAACAAGCAACAGAGUUCAUGCCAAUACUCAUGCUUGUCAUCCUAAGAAGCUAUCAUCAUCUACUCUUGUGAUGGACAGUGACACAAUAGAUGGCGAUACUUUAAGUGUCCUUUUGGAGAAAAUGCUUCAAGAAUUGCCAUCUAGGAUUAACUCACCGCAAUGUACCCUGAUCUCAGAUGAGUCUUCUUCUGGAAGUUGUAAUAUUCAGGAUAACGGUUGUGCUUCAAGUGAUAAUCCGGUGCUUACCAUGAAUCAGCAACUGCAGACAACAGAUCCAAUGGAAGAGCCUAGCUGUGGCAGCAGUGAAAGUGGGAAUGAUAUCGGUUGUCAGCAUUCAGGAGCUGUUAUGCUUUUUGAAAAUCCUGCUGCUGUCGAAAGUUACUUGGAUUGUGAAUAUAGUAUAUUUGGAAGCACGCUUUAUCCUUCCAUACAAGAUGAAGAAGUAUCGAAUUUUUCUCCGUGGUCUGAGCAAAGCUCCGAGGUCACAGAAGGAAGCACAUCCAUCAAACAAUUUAGUGGAAUAUCAAAUGUGAUAGGUUUUAGGAGAUCAACAAGGGAGAUGGAACUCGAAUACAUAAAGGACAUUCUUAGUGCAGAGCUUAUGGCAGAAGAAUUUGUAAUUGGUGAAACAAAUAAGAUCAUAAUGCCAAACCUGUUUGAUAUAUUGGAGAUUCAGAAUGCUGAGAACUACAUAGAGUACUCUAAGCUUGAGAGAAAGGUUUUAUUUGACACCGUGAGUGACUGCUUAGAACUAAGAUACAGAAAAGCUUUUGUUGGAAGCUGCAAAGCAUGGCCUGAAUGGGUGGCAUCAGUUCAGAGAAAGAACUUGUUGGCAGAAGAAUUAUUAAAAGAGAUAAUCAGUCUUAGAAGCAUGGAAGAGGUAGUAAUGGUGGAUGAACUUGUGCAUAAGGACAUGAGCAUUGGAUUGGGUAGAUGGAUUGACUUCGACAUUGAAGCCUUUGAAGAGGGUUUAGAUGUUGAAUUUGGCAUAGUGACCAAUUUGAUUAACGAAUUGGUUUAUGAGUUGAUGAUUGUUUAACACCUUGGUGGUGAGUUACAUUUGUUUGUCUAACACAUUGGUAAACCAGUAACCAAAUUGUAUCUGCCAUAACAUUUACAAUGAAGUAAAGAAUGGAUGUCAUUCAAAUUCAUGCCUUU